AUGCAAUGUGAUCGGAGUGUCUCCGUUAGAGAUCGCUGGGUACCUCGGUUUCCCUGUCUGCGCAAAGUGCAUUCCCUAGACGGCACUGUCUUGAAGGACCAGGAACCACUUCUGGGGGCGCCGUACUGCAGAAAGAAGCAGAAAAACGAGAUNAAGCUCAACCGGCGGCGCCAGCAGCAGCCGCCGUCGUCCUGUUCGUCCACUUCAUCAUCCACCGCUUCGUCCUGCUCGUCGUCGCCACGGGCCCAGGAGAGCGCGUCGGUGGAGCGCAUGGAGACGCUGGUUCAUCUUGUGCUCUCCCAGGACCACACCAUCCGCCAGCAGGUGCAGCGGCUCCGGGAGCUGGACCGCGAGAUCGACCGCUACGAGGCCAAGGUGCACCUGGACCGCAUGCGACGGCACGGGGUCAACUACGUGCAGGACACUUACUUGGUGGGGGCAGGCAUCGAGCUCGACGGGCCCAGUCCGGGGGAGGAGCCGGCGGAGGUGGCGGCGGCGAAGAAGGAGGCGGCGGCAGGGGCACCCCUGGACGGCGAGGCGCAGGCAGCGGCCCUGGAGGAGCUGGCCAGACGCUGCGACGACCUGCUGCGGCUGCAGGAACAGCGGGCCCAGCAGGAGGAGUUGCUCGAGCGCCUCUCAACCGAGAUUCAGGAGGAGCUGAACCAGAGGUGGAUGCGGAGGCGCCAGGAGGAGCUGGCGGCACGGGAGGAGACCCCGGAGCCCGACGGCAGCCCCGACGGUGAGCUGCUGCUGGAGAAGGAGCGGGUUAGGACGCAGCUCAGCACCAGCCUUUACAUCGGGCUCCGGCUCAACACGGACCUGGAGGCCGUCAAGUCGGACUUGGAUUACAGCCAGCAGCAGUGGGACAGCAAGGAGCGCGAGCUGCAGGGCCUUCUCCAGACUUUGCACACUUUGGAGCUGAUGGUGGCACCGGAUGGGGAUCCCGGUUCCGGCGGACCCUCGCGGGAACCCGGGCCCCAGGCGUGCGCCGAGAUGUGGGUAGACCAGGCCCGCGGACUGGCCAAGAGCUGUCCUGGGAACGACGAGGACUCGGAUACGGGACUGAGCUCUAUGCACAGCCAGGACUCGGACUCGGUGCCCGUGUGCGAGUCCCUUGUAUAGGAGGGACAGGGAGGGAGAGGGGACGGACGCUUAUCCCUUUCUUGCAGAAUAAACUGGCCCAGCCGGCUCUGGUACUGGAAGCCAGGCUGGGG